AUGAUGGACCUGAAUCGAGCAGCUUUACACCAGUUCAUCGCUCAGCCCGUCUCGGGGGAGAUGGUGGCUCAUCUGGCUCUCCAGGCUGCGCGGGUCAUCCGCUGUGAAACCGCAACCACACGCCGGGCUCAUGGCCAGCCCACUCCGCCCAGUACUCCUCCCAUGGACGACGCUGUCGACCCGAGUUUACCACUAUUGCCGUCCGUUGAAAACUUUAUCGCAUCGCUAGUCGACCGCUCCCACGUCCAGGUGCCAACCCUAAUGACAUCCCUUGUGUACCUCGCUCGUCUGCGUGCCCGCCUGCCUCCAGUCGCCAAGGGCAUGCGCUGCACCGUUCAUCGCAUCUUUCUUGCAUCCCUGAUCCUGGCUGCCAAAAACCUCAACGACUCGAGCCCUAAGAACAAGCACUGGGCUCGGUACACUGCCGUCAAGGGCUACGAGGGAUUUGGGUUUUCCCUUCCGGAGGUUAAUCUAAUGGAACGUCAACUUCUCUUCCUUCUGGAUUGGGAUACUCGGGUCAAUGAGAGUGAUCUCUUCCUUCACCUGGAACCUUUCCUUGCCCCCAUUCGUCAUUAUCUUCAGAUCCAAGAACAGCGGGAGGCAGAGCUGCGCCACCCCCGAGAGUGGCGACGCUUCCAUGCUUCCGCAGAGCUGUUGGCCUGUCGCCUGCGUCGCCAGAAGCUGGAUGCCCGCCUGGAUGCCCGCCGUCGACUCCCACCCAGCCCUCGAUCGUCCGCAUCUCUGUCGUCGAUGUCCUCGUGUUCGAGUCUGCAAAGUAACUCUCCGUCCUCCAUGGCGGACUCCGACCGGUACCAACCUUACCCUCCGCGACGACGGCCUUCCUCCCGCCACGGCAUGUCGACCUCUCCCCCGUCGGUCCAGGAUGUCCCUGGCCUGUCUCGGGCUGAGACCGUCCCCUCCCUUAGCUCGCGCGCUUCUAGCGUUGCGCCAAGCACCCGGAGCAAUACCCCGGCUAGUCUGCGCCCCUCCAGCUCGUCGACAAGUAUGAAAGAUGUGCAUGUGGUCGAUUCAUCGCGCAGUCCCGGCCUCAGCAGUGGAUACGUCCACCUUCCGUCCAUGAUGAUCCCGGCCAAUGUGGCAAAAAGCGAUGAUUUCCAACAACCUAGCAAGAAAAUGCGAGUGACCGGCCAUACGAGCAGCGCUGGGUUUGUGGCGCGCUUCUUGGCAUCGGCGACUGGCUCGUACAUGGGUGGCCGGAUGCGUCCUCAUGUUUAA